UCAGACUCUCGACAGACGUCGGUGAACUUGUAUAGCUUGUCCUGAAACGAUGCCCUAGUUGAAUAAACGCGAUAUUUUUUCUUUCUCCUCCUAUAUCACCUUUUCUCUCUGUUUCGUCUGCACAGUUCAAACAAUUUUUUAUUCAGGACCUUUAUUCAACAUGAGAAUAAACAGAAAUAUAUGCUGACAGGAUUACAGAAAACAAAAAGCUUUUCCGCAAGGACAAAUAAAUUUAACAUGGAGCGCACAUCAGGAUGUCGAAAAUGGCUGAUAUUAGCGGGCGGGUUUUUCGUUUUCUUCCUCCAGUAUGGGAUGAUCAAAUCCCUUGGCCUACUCAUCAAUGACAUCAUCGCGGACUUGGACGUCAGUACAGCUUUUGUUGGAUUCUGUAUAAGCAUGGUAUCUGGCGUGUCACUUAUCCUUUCCGUCAUCACAAUUCCCCUGUUACGUCGAUGCCCGGCCCGUCUCUUGAUCAUGGUAGGAGGCGCUGUGAAUGGUCUCUCCAUCGUUCUAGCAUCUAUAUGCCCCAACGGAGCCCUCUUUGGUUUCAUGCUUUUUCUCUCAGGCUUGGGCAACGCAUUGUACACACCCAUCAUCAUGGUCCUACCAAGCAUCUACUUUAAGCAUCGUUUCGGUCUGAUCAUGUCUAUUAUGCUUCUUGGGGCUUCGGCUGGCAUCAUGAUCCUACCAGUCAUCACCGAAUGGCUUGUGAUGAUCUACAACUGGAGGUGGGCUUUGGCUAUUCUAGGAGCUCUGAACCUCAAUACCAUAGUCGUGGGGGCAAUGAUACAGAGUAGCCCUCAGAAUGUUGGCAGGAGGCGCGGAGGCAGCUCGGAAAAUUGUCCUCUCCUCAUUCGACAACAGCCAGAUGAACCCCACGGGUCCUCAUCAACUAGUCAAGAAAUUACGAUGGAUGAACUGAGCGAAGGUAUCCAUACUGAUCACGGCCGUGAGAGGAAUUCGCGCUUCGGUAACAAAUGUGAUCAUUUUUUACCUUUAUGGCGAAGACGUUUGAUAUCACGGUCUUUACAACAGACAGUCGCUUCAUUGCCGUAGCUAUCUCUCAAUUCUUCUGUGCAAUUUCAUACUGCUGUUGGAUCGUCUUUUUAAUACCCAACGCAGAGUCCAAGGGUCUGGAUGCAGAGACUGCAUCCUUACUGGCACUUGCCAAUGGUGGCAGCAACGCCCUUGGUCGGAUAGGUGCUGGGAUCGUCUCCUGGCGAUGCUCUCCAGACCCUUUCAUCUUCUUUUCGUUCUUAUCCCUGAUGACAGCCGCUGCGUCGCUGGGCAAUGUCUUUGCGUCUAAUUUCUGGCAGUUGUCCAUCGCAGCGGGACUUGCCGGAUUCAGUGGAGGAUUCAAGGUGGUCUUCGCCAACUUCCUCUGUAAAGAAGCAACCACUGAUAAUCUUUUCCCUGCUGGCUUGACCUGGACUAUGUCAAUUUUCGGACUUGGUGAAAUUUUGGGAGAAUGUGUCACGGGUGCUCUGUACGACCACACAUCCUCGUAUGCUCCAGGAUUCAUAUUCCUCUGCGUGGCUGAUGUUCUCUCAGCCCUUAUCAUCAUUCUUCCAUUCGUCAUCAGGUUGUGCCGAUACGGGCAGACAUGGAGUUCAGGGACCCGUUUCACAAAGCCUUUUUCCAAUGACAAAUGACAAGGGUCGGUGACAAAUCUGCUGAUAACCAAUCAGAAGCAAGGACGGUAGUAGCUUAAAACAAAAACUGUCAUUUGUCACUGAUGACAAGUUUUGUGAAACGCCCCCUUGGUCUCUACAGCCUGCCAAUCUUUGCCAACUUGCCGUCCCUAGAAGGAGGCACAUCACCUGUGAGCUCUUGGCUCCAAGGACUACUUGACUUCAUAGGUCUCAACAUUUUGGAGACUUCUCUUGUCUUAGUGGUUGUCAGGAAUGUCUCUUAUAAGCAUUUUUAUACAUAUAUUUUCUAAUAAUAUUAAAGAGCACUUGUAACUUAUUUUUUAUUCUCAAGGUGUCGAUAAAAUACAAGCCAUGCUUUUUUAAUAGACUCCUUUACUAUGUUUUACCACUGUGCCAAUCUUAAAUGAUUUAUUUGAAUAAUUAUAUAAUCAUUUGUAAAUGUUUGGUUUAUA